AUGUACAAGUUGCUUCAGAGACGCGAGAGGGUUCAAUUUUCAGAGAGAAAUCUUCGUCUUCGUCUUCUUCUUCUUCCUUCUUCUUAUUAUUAUUCCGUACUGGUCCUCUUCCCCGUUUCAAUGUCUUAUGAUGAGAUGCUUGCUGCUGCCAAGAAAGCUGUCUCUCUCGCUGCUCGUCUCAGCAACGAUGUGAGGAGAUCUCUGUUGGUAUCUGACGUCUGGACCAAAUCGGAUGAUAGUCCUGUUACAGUUGCUGAUUAUGGCUCGCAGGCGGUGGUUAGCCUUGUACUGGAAAGGGAGCUCCAGAACGAACCUGUGUCAUUAGUGGCUGAAGAGGAUGCUGGUGAGCUAAGGAAAGUUGCUGCUGAGACAGUUUUGGCACGUAUUACAGAGCUUGUGAAAGAUACUCUCGCUACUGAUGAAUCAUAUGCUGACUCUCCUUUGUCUUCGGAUGAUGUGCUUAACGCCAUUGACUCUGGCAAAUCAGAAGGAGGUCCUAAAGGUCGCCAUUGGAUAUUGGAUCCUAUAGGUGGUACCAGAGGAUUUAUAAGAGGAGAACAGUAUGCAAUAGGAUUAGCGUUGCUUGUGGACGGCAAAGUAGUACUUGGUGUGAUGGCUUGUCCUAAGCUUCCUUUGGCCUCCACUGCUGCUAGUAACACACACAAGUCUUCAUCACCUGAGAAAAUGGGUUGCCUUUUCUUUGGAGCCGUUGGCACUGGGACUUAUGUCCAGUCACUCCAUCUUGUUGACUCUCCUCCUGUGAAGGUGGAGGUGAGCAGCAUUGAUGAUCCCGCGAAAGCGAGUUUCUUUGAGUCAUACCACACACCUGUCCCCAUCCAUAACACCAUUGCUAAGAAACUGGGGAUAAAGGAAUCUCCAAUCAAGAUCAACAGUCAGACAAAGUAUGCAGCUUUAUCCAGAGGAGAUGGAGAGGUGUACUUGAGGUUUACACGCAAAGCAAGACCCGAGUCAAUAUGGAAUCACGCCGCCGGAUCAAUCCUAGUUUCAGAAGCGGGAGGAAAAGUGACAGAUGCAGCAGGGAAUCCAUUGGACUUUUCAAAAGGGAAGUAUCUUGAUUACAAGAGAGGGAUUGUGGUCACGACGCAGAAACUGUUGCCAAGGCUUUUGAAAGCGGUGAGAGAAUCCAUUAAAGAAGAAGAAGAGGAAGAAGAAAAAGCUUCUGUUCUGAAACUUCCUUUUCAAAUGUCUUAUGAGAAGGAGCUAGCCGCUGCAAAGAAAGCAGUCUCUCUAGCUGCUCGUCUCAGUCAGGAAGUGCAGAAGACUCUGUUGCAAUCCCAAGUAUGGAAAAAAUCUGAUAGAUCUCCGGUUACUGCAGCUGAUUACGGGUCACAAGCUCUAGUUAGUCUUGUGUUGGAGAGGGAGCUCCAACCUGAAAAGCUGUCAUUAGUAGCUGAAGAGGAAACUGGAGAUCUGCGGAAGAAAGGAAGCGAGGUGUUUCUAGAAAGUAUAACGAAGCUUGUGAAAGAUGCUCUAGCCUCUGAGGAAUCUUACGCGUCUUCUCCUCUAUCCACAGACGAUGUGUUGAACGCUAUAGACUGCGGUAAAUCAGAAGGCGGUUGCAGCGGUUCCCACUGGGUUCUUGACCCUAUAGAUGGAACCAGAGGGUUUGUAAGAGGAGAGCAAUACGCGGUGGGAUUAGCGUUGCUUGUGGAAGGCAAAGUGGUGCUCGGGGUCAUGGCUUGCCCGAAUCUUCCGUUGGAUUCUACGGUUUGUGAGACGGAUAAGUCUUCCCCGGAACAUGUUGGCUGUCUUUUCUUUGCUACAACGGGUUUAGGGACUUACGUGCAACCGCUCAAAGGCAACUCUCCGCCACAGAAGGUGCGAGUGAGUAGCAAUGAGAAUCUUGAAGAAGCCAAGUUCCUAGAAUCAUACCAUAAACCAAUUCCAAUCCAUGGUUCCAUUGCCAAGAAACUCGGGAUCAAAGCAUUACCUGUAAGGAUCGAUAGCCAAGCAAAGUAUGCAGCUUUGUCACGUGGAGACGCAGAGAUAUACUUGCGUUUUACCCUCCGUGGACACCGUGAGAGCAUAUGGGACCAUGCCGCUGGUUCAAUCAUCACCACAGAAGCUGGAGGCGUAGUUUGCGAUGCUGCAGGGAAACCUCUUGACUUCUCAAAAGGAAAGUAUCUUGCUCACAAAACGGGAAUUAUAGUUACCACCAAGAAACUCAAGCCAUGGAUUUUGAAAGCAGUCAGAGAAUCCAUGGAAGAGGAGAAUCUUCAUUUAUGA